UCUUCACAAGCGUCUAUCAACGAACGCCGACGAUGGCAGCGACGCCGCAGCCCCUCCGCCUCCCCCCCGUCGAGGGGGACACGUCAAUCUGCUCGCAUCUACGUACGCUGGUGCAGAGGCAGACCGACAUUGAGCGGCGUUUUGUUGAUGUCGUGCGCUGGGGCGCACUCGACCAAGGCGCCAAGCGCCGGAAGACCGCGCCGCCGCAGUGUCAUGCGUGCUCUUCCCCCCUCUCGCAGCCGUGGGCAUGUCUUACGUGUGAUUACGUCGGCUGUGCUCCACUGCACGCUAGCACAAGUCGGACCGCUCGCGACUGCCUGCCGAGUCACUUUGCCAACUCAACGCGGUGCGAGUUCGCUGUGGAGCCCGGCACAGGUGCCAUCUUCUGCUCUGAGUGCGAUGAUUGUGUGUAUCCCGACAGCUUUGAGGCACUAUUCCGCGCCACCCGCAUCCAGGUGGAGGAAUUCCAUGAUCGCAGCCGGGAGGGGAGCGGGCUCGCCGGACGUGGGCGCGGUCGCGGCCACUGGCGCGCAUGGGACGGCAAACCGGUGGAUAAGGUGGCGAAGGCAUCAUGCCGCGGCCUGCGCCCGCUGCUCAACCUCUCUCAAACCUGCUUCUUGUCCGCCAUCCUGCAGGCGCUUAUUCACAAUCCGUUGCUGAAAGCCUAUUUCCUCUCCGACAAGCAUAACCGGCACGUAUGUCCCAACGGCGGACCUAAUGGCCUCGCGGUUGGCAAGCCGGUGGGGACAGAUGGCUCCGCGGAGCGCGAGAAGGGUUGUCUCUGCUGUGAGAUGGAUCGCGCUUUCGAGGAAUUUUACGCCGACGAUUCGAGUCCAUUUGGUCCGAUCACCAUGCUGUACGCGAUGUGGCACGCGUCCGCCGAGCUUGAGGGGCACGGACAACAAGAUGCGCACAGCUUCUUCCUGGCUGCCCUUGACCAAAUCCACGCGCACGCCAAGGGCCAGCUCUCGAGCUGCAACUGCAUUGCGCACCAGACCUUCGCCGGCUCCCUCGUGUCUGCCGUGACCUGCUCAGGCUGUGGCCAAACGAAUACGACUGUGGACCCGAUACUGGACAUCCAGCUUGACUUCCCGUUUACGGCCCAGGCCGAGCCUCUCACGCUGGGAGCGCUUCUGCGUCGGUAUUGUGCGGAGGAGAAGAUUGGCGACCACGGGAGGGGGUACGCGUGUGGAGCAUGCGGGGGCGGCAAAGGCGUGACGGCGUCCAAAAAGCUGGCCAUCAAGAAGCUCCCUCCAGUUUUAAGCUUCCAGCUCAAACGCUUCGCGCACAAUGCCACGAGCUCCAAGGUUGAGACGCCCGUUCGCUUCCCAAGCCACCUCGACAUGCGACCGUACACCGAGACCACCGCGGGUAACGUAAGCAAGGCGCCGAGCGUAGACGGCGCCGCGGAUCGGGAGAUCGAUGAGGAUGACCUGCCCUCGUCGCUCUAUAGUUACGAUCUGUUUGCGGUGGUCACCCACGAGGGCAAGCUUGACAAUGGGCACUACUGGGCUGAUGUGCGCAGCGGCGACGAAUGGUGGCACUGCGAUGACGACAAGGUCACACCAACCACCCUCGGCUCUGCGUUACGCCAGAACGCGUAUAUGCUGUUCUACGUCCGCCGAUCGCUGGCGUACGGCGAGCGCAUGUCCGCGGUAUUAGCCAAUAGCGCUGGCAAGACGGUUAACGGCAAGACUGUCAAUGGCAAAACUAACGGGGCACCCAACGGCUCCGCGAGUGGCACCGCGAGUGCGGCCUAGGGUAACUAGCAGCUGGUGUAUGUCUCCCCGCGCGCCGAGGGCUCGCUUGUAUUCCAACCAUACUUCCCCUGUUGCAUCUCACUGUAAACAGAGAUCUAUAUGCAUGACACGACAGCAGCAAAGUUUGCAAGUCCGAAUCAAAGGUCGAUGCCUGGGAUGGAAACUAUGUACAUUAUGAUUGUUCAGAGACUCUCGGACGCGAU